CCUAGAGGGUUAGAUGAGUGACGUCACAAGAGACAGAGUGCUUCAUGUAGGUUUUAAUAACUUGUAUCUGCUUGAAAGCAAAUGUUUCCAUAACUGCCUCUUGGCUUCUCUAGUGACGAAGCUCUACUGUAAUUUGAGAACGGAUACCUCUUCUAAGACAUAUCAUCAGCCAAAAAACGAAAAAGGCUGUGCAUUAGCAGUCCAGAUGUUGAAAAGAGUGUAGUAGCAUGCAGCCCUGAAAGGAGACCAAGCUCUCCCACCGCAGACUUGCUGCAUCCCUCCUCCUGCUUUCUAAACUAGGAACAAGAAGCUGUUAUAUUUACAUAAGAUAAUUUUUCUGUCUCUCACACGGGCUGGAGCAAAAGACUAUUCUGUGCAGAACGGAUAAAGGCUACUUCCACUUCAACCAGUGCACAAGAAUCUGAAUACCCAAGAAGGAUUUUUUUUUUUUAAAUUUAUGAUCAAACUGUCAUCACUCUGAAAAAUAUAGACUGAGGGAUCCGAAAGGAAUUGUGCGCUUGUUCUUGUUCAAUAUCUGGGAAUUAUCAUAGCAGACGCCACCCUCCCAGCACCCUUGGUGUCACUACACAUCAUUGCUCUCUAAAAUGAAAGGACUUCAUUUUCUGUGGAUUGGUGUUUUGUGCAACCUGUGUCAUGGAUAUUACACUGGACCUCUCCAUCCAGAAAUGUCCAAUGGAACCCUGCACCAUUAUUUUGUUCCUGAUGGGGAUUAUGAAGAGAAUGAUGAUCCUGAGAAAUGCCAAAUGCUGUUCAAAGUAAGAGACGAUCGCCCUUGCAUUUAUGAAGAUUCCCUCUCCUUGAAGGAUGAAUUCAUCAUUACUAAAAGGCAGAUCGAGGAUGCCGAAAGGGUCCUCCAAAGCAUCGGGAAAAGUAUAUCCUACGACCUUGAUGGAGAAGAGAGCUAUGGCAAGUACCUGGGGAGGGAAUCGUCCCAGAUUAGCGAAUCUUUCUCCAGUUCAGACAAGUCCCUGACAGAACUGGAAGUCAAAUUCAAGCAGAGUCAGGAGAAUGAGAAGAACGAAGCCAAGAGUAUCAAUGAUGACUUUGUGGACAUGAUGAUCCACACAAGGGGUGUACUCAAGGAAACCUUGGAUAUUUCCAUGGGACUAAGAGACAAGCAUGAUCUGCUUUCUUUGACCAUUAGAAGUCACGGGGCUAGACUUAGCAGGCUGAAAAACAUGUACCUAAAGGUUUGAAACCUAUCUGUUGUUAGUGACGCCUGUCUAAUUUAUGCAGUUGUUCAUUAUAGAUGGCCAGGUACAUCUGCAACUCCCCUUUAACAUGACUGUACACUUAAACCAUCUAUACAAAUGUCAUUCAUAAGGUAAUUUCUCCUAAACAACUUAAAAUGUUGCCCGUCUCCUUAAAAUUAACUUUCAAUGAUGUACAUAUUCUAAGAAUUUGGGCUGUUGAUCGUUAUUUUUACUCAUCAUUUAUAUUUUUUCUUCUGCAGCCCUCUGGUUUUGAAUUGAAAUUGCUAGCCGGUUGCUAUGCUCACUAAUGUUGGCAAGAUGUACAAGAAAGGUCUUGAGUGGAAAGAUAAGCUAUAAAAUUCUAUCAACAAUAAAACUCACACCUCAUGACCAGUCAUGGUCAGAUUAAUGCCAUGGAUUAUUAUUUUAAAAACUAAGGAUAGGAAGGGACAAAGACCAGUUGCAAAGCUGCUUAGAAUUGGUCAGCUAAGAUGAUACCAAAACUUUUUCCUGGAAAAAUAUUUUUUAAAAAAGAAUUAAAAUAACGCAGUAUUUUCAGCAGCAGCAGCAAUAUAAAUUCUAAAAUGUAUAAAUUCUAAAAAAAAAAAUAAUAAUAAUACAAACGCUUUGUCACUAAUUUGUCAAGAGCAAAGUAGUUAACGUAUCACGUGCCAGACUGUGCACGAUGAGACAAUAUUUUUGGGACUUUUAUAGCCCCCCAAAGAAUUUGUUGCUUUACAUAAGGGGAGUAAAACGUUUUGUAAAUAAGGCAAUUUUUUUUUUAAUAUUAUUUAAAUAAUUUCUAUGUCAACAUUUUGGUUGAUACCUACAGAAGUGUAAUUGCUUUCACAGUCUGGUAAUGAGAGGCAAGCUCUGUAGGUACUCGGUCAAGAAGAACCUCUUUUUUACCAUUAUCAUCUAUAAAGGUUCUAUGCCAAUAUGUUUAUUUAUUGUAUAUUGUGUCUGUGUCAGUCUAUGUGCAUUGUUACAUUGCAUCAUUGUGCCAUGUCAAAGUGUUCAUGCUGUCGCUCAACCUCUGUUUAUAUAAAGUAAAACCCUUUUACAA